GUUGGCACAGCUGGUGCCCAGGAAGGCUGGUGGGCAGUGGACUGGGCCCGAGCUGGUCUGAGAACUGUUGGGAAGGAAGGCCCUCCAAGUGGUUGCCGAGAUGAAGAGCCCUCUGGAGGAAUGUGCCAAGGGUGAGCCCUUCCACAUCGUCACGCCUCUGCUGGAGAGCUGGGCGCUGUCCCAGGUGGCAGGAAUGCCUGUCUUCCUCAAGUAUGAGAAUGUGCAGCCGACAGGCUCCUUCAAGAUCCGCGGUAUCGGGCAUUUGUGCCAAGAGGUGGCCAAAAAGGGAUGCAGACACCUGGUGUGUUCCUCAGGGGGUAAUGCGGGCAUUGCUGCUGCUUAUGCCGCCCGGAAGCUGGGCAUCCCAGCCACCAUUGUGCUCCCCGAAGGCACCUCUGUGAAUGUGGUGAAGAGGCUGCAGGGGGAGGGGGCCGAAGUUCAGCUGAUUGGAAAGAACUGGGAUGAGGCCAACCUGAGGGCGCAAGAGUUGGCCAAGAAUGACGGCUGGGUGAACAUCCCUCCAUUUGACCACCCCCUGAUAUGGGAAGGCCACAUAAGCCUGGUGCGGGAGCUGAAGGCCGCGCUGGGGGCCCCACCCGGUGCCCUGGUGCUGGCAGUCGGGGGCGGAGGUCUCCUGGCUGGGGUGUCAGCUGGUCUGGCAGAGGUGGGCUGGCAACACGUGCCCAUAAUUGCCAUGGAGACCCAAGGGACACACUGCUUCAACGCGGCCGUCAAGGCAGGCAGGCUGGUGACGCUGCCCAGCAUCACUAGUCUAGCCAAGUGCCUGGGAGCCAGGACAGUGGCGGCCCGGGCCCUGGAGUGUACAAAGGAGUUUAGGAUCCUCUCUGAGGUGGUGGAGGAUGCUGAAGCCGUGAGCGCUGUGCAGCGAUUCCUGGAUGAUGAACGAACACUGGUGGAGCCUGCCUGCGGGGCAGCCUUAGCUGCCAUCUAUUCAGGCCUCCUGGGGAGGCUCCAGGCUGAGGGCCACCUGUGCCCUUCCCCAGCCUCAGUCGUGGUCAUCGUGUGUGGAGGCAACAGCAUCGACAGUAGAGAGCUACAGGCUCUGAAAGCCCAGCUGGGCCAGGAUUGAGGGCUCCUGGUUUGGGAGGGCCGGCUGGGCUCUAGUGAUCCCCAAGAGGCUCCUGGACACCCAUAUAGCUGAUUGAGGGGCCUCUGAGCUCAUGAAAGCCAGUAGAAGCCACCCUGUGCUAC